AGGCUGUAUUUUCUUGAAGACAUAGAUCCCAUACCAUUAAUCCUAGUGCUUUAUAACAAGUAAGGAUUCAAUGAGCGUUUACUAAGAUGAGUUCUUUCAGCAGAAAAAUGUUGGAGAAACCUCAGGUCACGCACCCUCCAAGAGCUCUGAAUGGGACCCUUGAUCAAAAGAGGAAAAUGACAGCCUGGCCCUUCCCUAGGCUGAGAGCCUCUGAUCCAACUCUGUUCCAAAUGACCUUGAUGGCCGCUCUCUUGGCUACUGUUCUUGGGAGUUGUGGCCCCCCACCCUAUUUAGAGUUUGCUUCUCCAAUAAGUGAGACGAAUGAAACAAGCUACAAAACUGGAGCUACCCUGAGCUACAGAUGCCGCCCUGGCUAUAGUAGGACCGGUUCAAGAAAUCAGGUUCUUACCUGCAAGGUAGGAGGCACAUGGGACUACACCACCUUCUGUAUCAGGAGACAAUGCAGCAACCCAGGAGAGUUACGCAACGGGCAAGUGAUCAUUACGACAGAUUACUCUUUCGGAUCACACAUAGAAUUCAGCUGUUUAGAAGGAUAUAUCUUAAUUGGCCCAACCACUAGUUAUUGUGAGAUCCAAGAUAGAUCAGUUGGCUGGAGUAAUUCUUUCCCACAAUGUGUAAUCGCCCAGUGCAAGCCCCCUCCAGACAUCGUCAAUGGGAAGCACAAUGCUGGCAGUGAAGAAUCCUACCCAUAUGGUUCUUCUGUCACUUACAGCUGUGACCCCACCUUCUCCAUGUUAGGCAAAGCUUCCAUUUACUGCACAGUGGAAAAUAAAACAAAAGGCGUCUGGAGUCCCAACCCUCCUACUUGUAAAAAAAUCAUCUGUCCUCAGCCAGAUGUUAAAGAUGGAAAGGUAAUCUUUGGAUUUAGAUCCACCUACAGUUACAAAAACCCUGUUCAAUUUGAGUGCAAUAAAGGUUUUAUCCUCAAAGGCAGCAGUUCAAGCCAUUGUGAAGCAGAAGGCAACUGGAGCCCUCCUCUUCCCGUAUGUGAGAUCAAUAGUUGUACUGGCUUACCAGAAAUCCUACAUGCUUCCUGGGAACUACAUGGCUACCGCAGACCAACAAAAGACAGAAUGUAUGAAGUCGGGACUGUGUUGAAGUACAGCUGUCAUCCUGGUUAUAAAACCACUGGAAAUAAGCCUACGACUGUGACUUGUCAGAGAAACUUGCUGUGGACCCCACAUACAGAAUGUGAGGAGGUAUGUUGCCCAGUACCAGAGCUGAAGAACGGCAAAAUCCUCCAUCAGAGAAAAAAUCGUUUGCCCAAUAGCUGUGACUAUUUCUACGGCGACUCGAUUUCAUAUUCAUGUUAUGAGAAACGUUACGCUGACGCUUCAUGCCAAGGAGAUGGCACCUGGAGUCCUGAAACACCAACAUGUGAUGAGAGUUGCAGUUAUCCUCCUACCAUUGACAACGGACAUCAUACAAAAGUUUCAGGGUUGUUUCAAACUGUGGAGGUGAAAUAUGAAUGUGACGAAGGAUACGCUCUGGUUGGAAAGCGCACACUCACCUGCAGUUCUUCACGCUGGUCAGGUCCAGCCCCUCAGUGCAAAGCUGUGUGUCCGAAACCAGAGAUAGAACAUGGAAAGCUGUUAGAAGACAAGGAUCUGUUUGUUGAAUCUGAAAAUGUCACCAUCCAGUGUAAUUCUGGCUACGGUGUGGUCGGUCCCCAAAGUAUCGCCUGCUUAGGAAACAGUGCCUGGUACCCAGAGGUGCCCAAGUGUGAGUGGGAGUUCCCUGAAGGCUGUGAGCAAGUUAAAGCAGGCAAAAAACUUAUGCAGUGUCUCCCAAGACCAGAAGAUAUGAAAAUGGCCAUGGAGAUAUAUAAAUUGUCUUUGGAAAUUGAAAUCCUGGAACUACAGAGAGACAAGGAGAGGAAAUCCGCUCUGGAGUUGAAACUGUAGUUUUUCCUAGAAGAGAGAGACAAAGGUGCCUUCCUCCCUUCCAUUCAAUAUGGGUCACUUUCAUUUAGCUACCACACUUCAUUGUAAUAAAUAUCUAGAAAGGAUAAUUUGCCUUUUUUUUUUUUGCUAGUGCUUUGAGAUUAUAGAAUUUUUGAUAAUCGUGUAGCUCACAUUUUCGCUUUUUUAAACACAAAGUGCACAUUUUUUCCAUUAAAAAUUUACUUAUCAAACAUAA